GGAUGUUUUUCAUCUCUCCAAGGAAGAACCACUUACAGCAACAAAAAGAAGUUCAUGUACCUGUGGAAAUCUCUAUCCUGAAGGGAAAAAGGUGGAUGACUCAAUGUGCAACACUUCGUGCAGAGCUUACUCAAACUGUCACAAUCCUAGCAGUUGCUGUGGUGGACGUAAUUCAUAUUCUGUUAGUAUUGUUGGUGGUAUAAAUAUUGCAAAACAUGUUCUUCAAAGAUUGGCAAAAUUGUGGCAGACCAACAGAGCUUACAGAACAGAUAUGGAAGGUCUCGCUAAUAUUCCUAGUCGUAGUAGUCAUUUCGAGGACUGGUCCCAUACAUUUGAUCAUUUAGGAUUGUCAAGUUGUGGACGUGGAAGAUACAUGUUUGGAAUGUAUAGAAACAGUCGAAAAAGUUUCGAUAGAAUCGGUCUAAUUGAAAAAGUGGACUGUUAUGACGCUCCAGGAUAUUUGUAUUCCUCAUCGUAUGAUCGUGAUUGUUAUUAUGAAGAUUGGCAAACAUUUAAUCUCAGGGGCUGGUCAAAAUGUAAAAAUGGUUAUUAUAUGGCUGGGCUCGAUAGAUCUGCUGGUGAUAGAUUAUAUAAUAUUGAGAGAGCUUUUUGCUGUCGUCCUAAUACUCAAGUAAAACAAUGGGGCUAUUGCCAAACAAAAAACGUCUGGGACUCGUUUAACAAUGAAGGAUGGAGUGAUUGUCCAUCAGGAUAUUAUAUGGCUGGUUUGUAUAGAAGUAGUUGCGAUGAGCUUUACUGCCUAGAAGAGUACCACUGCUGUAAGAUGGGUAGUUACAUUGGCCCAAAAUUGGUGGUAAGAUUAAAAGAUCUAAAUGAGAAUUUAAAAAAAUGCUCUAUGAAUGCAAUGGACAAAUCAUUGACAGCCAGAACAUUUAAAUGUAUAAAUAUUUGGGAUUCGAAUGCCAAAAUUUUGAAACUUAACGCAAAGAAAUUCAAACUUACACAUAAAGCACCAUUUAAAAAAUUGAAAUUUCAAUCAAUUGCCAAUUUUCGUCCAGUUAUUUGCUCAAGCUUAAAAAUAGGAUAUAAUUGUCGAAAGCAACUUACUGUAUCAGUUUCUGAAGCAUCCACCCUCACUACGACUUUUGGAACGUCUUCGAGAGUUACACUUAGUUCAAAUCUGGAGGUGUCUAGUGGAGGAAUUUUUCUUCCAGGGAUCAAAUCUUCUUUUUCCUCGCAUUUAUCUAAAUCAAAAUCUUUGUACAUGGGAGAAGCAAUAACAAAAGAACGAAGAAUAGCAGAUACAACAGAUGUCACAGUUUACGUUCUUCCAAACAAUGAAAUCACAAUAAAUCUUAUGAGAUCUGUUCAGGACUUGACAUACAAAUGGAAAGCAGAAAUUGAACUUGAUGGAUUGUAUUCGAUAGAGUGGAGCAGGUCUGUUGAGCACUUUGAACCUGUUCAUACUGUCUUGUCAGGCCCUCAAGAAAGAAUAAAUGCAUUUGGUACUUGGAAAUAUCCACGCACGAGCGUCAUCAAAGUAAUGGUGACAGACAAAUAUGGAAACAAGAAAUUUGGAUGUAGACAUGAAGCAGGCAAAGAAAAACCAAGCCUUUGCUCAUUUGCUAAUAAUUCUUCAAAGAAAACCACAAUAACAGGCAAAGCUAAACAUUUUCUCCUUUCACUUGCAAAUAAUUCUUCGAGGAAAAUCACAAGAAAAUUGAAGAAUAUUCAGUCGCGAGUACUUUCUCCCGUAAAAAAACUUUUCAACUCUUGUUUUUUCUUUUGCAAAAAAUAAUUAGACAUUAGUUCCCUUAGUUUAGUUGAGAAGCGUGUCAAUUAGCUUUAUUGAAUGUCUUUUGUCACUAUUGGAAUUGUACUGCUGAAAUUUGCGACUACAGUUAAGCUCUAUAUGGAUGUUGAUAAAGCAUUGUUUUCAUGUUAUUAUUAAAUCCUUAUUAGGGCA